AUGAUUGAAGAACUACAAGAAGACGACUGGCUUGCUCUAUGUCUAGGAUCCAAUGACUCGAACCCAAUUAAAAUAGGCGUGGAGCUGUCGUCAUUACUUAAGAGACAAAAUAAGGCAAAAAUAUUAGUGACCAGUGUAAUUGAAAACCCGUAUCUUAAUGCUGCAGCAGUCUGGGAUGAUCUGCCUUUUGCCCUUUUCGCCGGGUUUGCCCUUUUAUCUGGAUUGCUGGUGCUCAUCACUCCAGAGACCCUGGGCUCAAAUUUACCUGACACUAUGGAGGAAGCCGAACAGCUCGGCAGGAAAAAUGAAUCUACGUAA